AUGGACUUCGAAGAACGAAUCACUACCGAAAUCCAGUCUCUGUUUGCUGAUGAAUACCGCGGCGAUCUUGCCAACGCGUACUCCGAGAUUGAGCGGUUCAAAUCAGACGAACUGACCGAGUACUCAGCAAACGAUCCCGAUAAAAUGGCUUACUUCUUGCGUUCCAUUAUCUUGGUCUCUAUGAUAAGUGGUAGGCUAGAUGAUGCCUAUGAUGCCCUAGUACAGCUCCAAGUUCUCGUCGAUACAGACCUAGCAGAUGAAAGCAACUCGCAACAUACCACAAACUGGGGACUAAGAUACGCGGCACUAAAAGCCUAUGUUGAUUAUAACAGGCGGUAUCCGCCAUGCAUACCGUACCAACAUGAGUUGAUGAUGCCAGUCAAUGCUUCCAUGAUAGGAAGAGGCAUCCACGGGCCUACGGAUAUUGCGAUGGAGUUGAUUGACAACGUGAAAAAGUAUCUCCGACCAAAUGAAACAAGUCCCAGUUAUCUCAAAGAUGUUAAUAUUUGUCUUGCCUUGCAAACUUUAAUAUACUUUCCGAUGCAGCGCAGAACACUCACUGUGAAGCAGCACCCUAUGGCUCCAAAUGGGAAUUGGAAAAAUAAUUCGGAUGGCAAAUCUCCGGAACAAAUCAUUACAGAGGUUAACCCUCAGAUAUUGAAGCUAGUGCAAACCCCAAAUCAGAAUGGGCCGGGUUUACAGACAAAUCUUUAUUUUCGAAGGCUGUUAGUUGAGCUUCAUUAUGCUAUCGACUCUCCAGAAAAGGAGCAAGUCACAAAAAGGCUCUAUGACGAGUAUCAUGAACUGGGAGACAAGGCUGGAAUGGCAAAUUGCAAGCUGAUAGAGGCCGAUUGCUUGUUGUCUCCCCCUUUUGCUAGCCCUGUCACUCAAAAUCUGAUUCCAGUGCAUGCUCCGACUGCUUCGGGCGAGUGCAGUCUAUGGGACCCGGUUGAGAAAAGGAUUCUGCUCAAGGAAUCUGAUCAAGCUGAAAGGUACUACGAAGAGAGCCUUGAAUGUUUUCGCGAAUCAAAUUGUGGACGCGGUCUAGCCGCAGUUUUGCUUCGCCAAGGGAGCAUCUUGCAUGCUAAGGCUUGCUCAUUGUCCCUAAAUAAUCCCGGAAGAGUGAAACUACUGGAGGGUGUAACCAACAAGUACGACGAGGCACUAAAACUACUUAAUCGAGACGAGGCAAACUCACAAGUUGUGAAAACAAAUCAGAUUCUACUCGACAUAUCCAAAGGCAGCUACUCGUCUAAAGAAUUGAAACAACGUGCAAGUGAUAUUGGAAAAUGGGGGCGAGAACACAAAAACGAGCUCCUAUCCUUUCACUUGAGUGUGUUUAUGCUGCGGUUUGCUCGCCGCGAGUGGGAACGAUACACUAACUUCGACGUUGCAAUGAUGUCUUAUGAAUGCGCGUAUUCGUGUGCCACUGAGCUUGGAGCUCUCACGCCGGCCUUUGUUUCUAUGUGUUCUCGAGCUGAAAUUCAUUAUGAAACAAACAAUAGUACUGCAGCGUUGGUCAUGGUGGAACAUUCCAUCAAUAUGUUCAAUGCUGUUUUGCAUUAUUACGACGAUCUGAUCAAUGCCACCACAGACACUCCAAUGGGGAUAAUGGAUAGAAAACAUUUUAUUAUCAAAAAGUUCGAUUUUAUCUGGUCAGUUGGCCAAACUGUGGGAGGUAUAUAUGGCCGGACCGACGAUCUCGAUCGCUUCAAGAGUUGGGAAAAAAGGUACCUCAUCUGUUUUGAGGAAGAUGAAAACUGUGUCAGCCAAGCGAAAGAGUACAUCUUGAAGGAUACAGAAUUGAGUUCGUGGAUAAAGCAGAACUGGGGCGCGACUGUUGAUGAAAUACUAGACGAGUCGAGUCUGGACACGUCGAUUUCGAGCAAAUAUCAAAUCGCCAACAUCAUGGCCAAGAGGUCAAUGCAAAAAGGGGACUGGAAAAAGGCCGAGUCUUCUAUAAAUCGAUUUGUAGAAGAUGUUGCCAAGUUUAAAAGAAUAUACACACGAGAAAUGUUCCGAAUGCUUGCCUAUCAGCUGAUUGGGGAGACUACCAAGAUCAAGAGAAUUCUCGACUCGAUGACUGACAGCGACUUGUUCAAGGACAGAAUUGACGAGUUAGGUCAACAGGGCCAUUAUCGUGAGUCCUUUUUUUCGCCUCUAUCCGUAAAUGCAAUUUAUGCAUGUGUGAUAGCCGAAGACUGGCGGCGCGGAUCGAGAAUAUUGAGCCUGGUUUUGGAUAUGGAACCAGAGUUCCUUGAUGAAACUUCUCAAACGGGAAGUAAAUUUGACAUAUCAUUUAGACAAGUCACGGCCGGAAUCAUAUAUUUAAACAACUUCCAAUCAGAAAUUGCCUUCCAGAUGCUCCUCAAAGCACGCCAUAGAAUUGAAGUUCAUCGAGGUCAAUUAAGCGACGUUGACGCUAAAGUUGGUGCCUUGUCUCUCACGAGACUCGUCGAGGUCUACUUUACUUUAACAGAACUGUGUCUACGGUGCGCAUCAGCUGGUCUGCCAGUUGCCAUUCUUCAUUCUUACGAUCAUGGUCACCCUCGGGAUGUGACGUGGGAAGAACACGCCCUGCUGUUUUUAGAGGAAUCGAGGGCAAGAUCACUUUUAGAUUCUCUAGAAUCUUCCGCUCACUCCCAACCAACUGAAUCAGGACGACGAAUGUCCGAAGGGAUCUAUAAACGCCGAGCCUUGACGCAUCUCCAGUCCCUGUCCAAACGCACUGCACAGCAAGACCAGGAGCUAGCGGAGUUAGUUUCUGAAGUAGAAGGUCUAGAUGUUGAGAGCUUGUCCUACUCGACGAAUGCCUUGAUAAAUACUGUCGGCUCGAAUAUUCCGCCACACAGUCUUUUCAAUCAUCUCAGUGAAGACGUAGUUGUGAUUGAAGGCGUUUUCUACCACCGGGGGUGUAACCUCCUUGCAGUGACAAAUAAGGGAGUCGUAUCCUUUCACAGAGGGAAAACUCGUUUGAUUGAGCUCCAAAAAUUGGUCAUGGAAUUGAUGCAAGUUAUGAGGGUAAUGACUGGCACGAAAGACGAUGACGAGCAAGAUCGGAAAGCACGAGUCAAGGCCUUAUCUAGGCAAAUAUCGAAUAUUCUCCUCACUCCGUUUGCGGGAAUUAUAAGAAGGAAACGCCACAUAAUAUUCUCCGUCUCAGAACCACUUAGUGCUUUUCCUUUUUCUAUGCUGGAUUUCGAUGGCAACCCGUUAGUUAUGCAUGCAGCUGUGUCUCAAACGCCUAGUCUAACAGUUCUAUACUAUUUAUCGCAACGAGGUCCACAAUCUACGAAGCCAACAGUGACUGUGUUCACGAAAUCUCUGUCUCAAGAUGACGACUCGUCAAAUGUCCGAAACACCAAAGAAGUCACACUCCCAAUGGCGGGAAUCGAAGCAGUAAAUAUUUCUAACAUGUUUUCCACAUGGCCAAUCGAGGCAUCAACCCUCUCUCGAGCACAAUUCCGCAAUCACAUCGAGGAACACACUUCAGUCCUCCAUAUCGGCACUCACGGGAUGAUCGACUUAGAAAACCCGCUCCUCUCAUCCAUCUCCAUUGGCGAAGAUUUCCGGGUGCUCGACAUGUCUCAAAUCCAAAGCAAGGCCAACCUUGUCGUCUUCGCCGCGUGCCUUAGUGGUCUCGGCCGAGCAACGAUCGGGAGCGAUGUCUUGGGCUUCACACAUGUCGUUUUGGGCACGGGCUGUCAGGCUUAUAUUGGGACCUUGUUUGAAGUCAGCGAUUUUGCAUCAAUGGUCCUAAUGACUUUGUUCUAUCGAAACAUCAAAAACGACCCGAGCUUGUCUUUGGUUGAAGCGCUGCGGCGUGCUCAGGUGGAGUUUCUGCAAUUUGAUACGGACAAGGCUACCAGGUUUAUUGACGAUCUUCUUGAUAUGUGGAACAUGAAGUCAACAACAGCGCCGGAUGGGGUCAGAAACCCUGCUGAUAUAGUUCCUGAAGGAGAGUAUCUGUUGACCUUGCAGAAAAUGUUAUUGCCACAGCUUGACUGGACCAGCCCCUACUUUUGGGCGCCUUUUGUACUGAUGGGCUACGGCGACUUUUGCUUCUGUCCGGAUGCUGAACCAGUGUUUCUGGAGGGUUUGGCCUCGUCUCCUAAGCUGGUUCCGCAAGAUAAGGAAGACUACCUUGAAUAA